GUUAAAAGCCACUUGACAAAGCCUAGCUGAGGUUAGCCGUCAGCCCCGGUUCCGUCGUUCUGCAGGGAUGGAGGUUACACGACAAAAUUUUAAAGACUGCUUAAGCGCGGUGUACAGCGCCAUAGAGGAGGCGGACUUCCUUGCUAUCGAUGGAGAAUUUUCAGGUAUAAGCGACGGUCCUAAUGUCAGUGCGUUGACCAACGGGCUGGAUACACCUGAAGAGAGAUACACGAAGCUGAAAAAGCAUUCCAUGGACUUUCUCAUGUUCCAGUUUGGCUUGUGUACAUUCAGAUACGACUCUGGGAAGUCAAAGUACGUUACGAAGCCUUUUAACUUUUAUGUUUUCCCGAAACCAUUCAGUCGGACGUCUCCCGAUAUAAAGUUCAUCUGUCAAAGUUCCAGCAUUGACUUCCUGGCGAGCCAGGGGUUUGACUUCAACAAGGUGUUUGGUCAUGGAAUCCCGUACCUAAAUCAAGACGAGGAAGCUCAGCUGAGAGAGCAGACGGAGGAACGGAGAAACCAGCACGCUAACGGUCUCGGGACGCCUUCCUUUAUCUCCCCGUCAUCCUCCAAAGUCCCUGCACACGUACCCGACGAACAGAAAGACUUCAUCAACAAAGUGGUAGAGAAAGUUGAGAGGCUUUUCAAUGGAAAUGGGAAAACUCUGAACUUGGACCCAUGUACAGGAUUCCAGAGAAAGCUGAUAUACCAGACACUGAGCUGGAAGUUUCCCAAAGGUCUUCAUGUUGAAACAUUGGAAACAGAAAAGAAGGAGCGCUACAUUCAGAUCAGUAAAGUUGAGGAGGAGGAGAGGAAGAGGAGAGAGCAACAGAAACUGGAGAAGGAGCAGGAGGAGCUCAAUAACGCUGUGGGCUUCUCCAGGGUCAUCCACGCCAUUUCUAAAUCUGGUAAACUGGUGGUUGGCCACAACAUGCUUCUGGAUGUGAUGCACACCAUCCACCAGUUCUACUGUCCGCUGCCAGAGGACCUUCAAGACUUCAAAGAAGUUGCAAUGUGUGUUUUCCCAAGACUUCUAGACACAAAGCUGAUGGCCUCCACUCAGCCAUUUAAGGAGCUGAUCAACAACACAUCUCUGGGAGAGCUGGAAAAACAAGUGAAAGAAACUCCAUUCAAGCCACCGCAAGUUGAAACCGCCGAGGGGUUCCCCAGCUACGACACGGCUCAGGAGCAGCUCCACGAGGCCGGAUACGACGCUUACAUCACCGGCCUGUGUUUCGUCUCCAUGGCCAACCACCUGGGUUCUUACCUGAUGCCGCCGAUGUCUUACAUCUCCCCCAGAUCGAAACUAGUUGAACCUUUCUUCAACAAGCUCUUUCUGAUGCGGAUUAUCGACAUACCCUACCUCAAUAUCACCGGACCAGAUUUGCAGCCGAAGAGAGACCAUGUCCUUUACGUGACCUUCCCCAAGGAGUGGAAGACGAGUGACCUCUACCAGCUCUUCAGUGCCUUUGGUAACAUCCAGGUGUCGUGGAUAGAUGACACCUCAGCCUUCGUCUCUCUAAGUCAGACAGACCAGGUGCAGAUCGCUAUGAACACCAGCCGCUACGCAGAGAGCUACAAGAUCCAGACGUACGCAGACUACAUCCAGGGGAAACAGCAGGAGAAGGAGAAGCUCGGCCAGCCAGCUAAAACCUGGCGGGACGACGGCUGGGUGAAGCCCCACUACCCCUCUUCCACUACGUCUGCUGGGUUUGGGUUCCCCAGGAGGAAACGCAGCAUCAGUCCCACUCAGGGGGAGCAGGGAGGCGACGAUGGCAUCAGCGGGGACGGCUGGAACCACUACUCAUUCCCAGACAGCACUGGCAGCAAAAAGAUCAAAUAUGAUGAUGUCGGCGGCCAGGCGAGCGUUGAAGCCGUGGAGAGCAAGACGUCAGAAGGCUGGCUGAAGAUGACAAAUUCUUCGUAUUCGGCCGAACCAAGCCCAGUCGCAGAUGCUAAAAGUCCAGAAGGCGCCGACUCGGGCAGCUACGCUGACGGGACGGCCACCUGGCACCAAACUCCAACAGUUCCAGGAAGGAAAGAUCAAAAAAGCAAGAAGAAGUCUGACGCGUCAGAUUCUACAACCUCCCUGUUUGAAGUCCCAGAAGUCUGGUAGAGCAGGGAGGCAGCCGCCCCAUGCGGGCCGCCGCUCUGGGCCGCCGCCCCUGGUCAACCUCUCCUCCUCAACACUUGGUGCACGCUCCUCCAGGGUCAUAAAGCACAGAGUGCUGCAUGCCCCACCUUCAUGCUCUCAUUCAACACUUACGGAUAAAGUGUCCAAAGCUACCAGCCGAGACAUUUAACACAAGUUUUGAAAGCAAAAAAAAAAAAAAAAAAAAAAAAACUACAAAAAAAUGUAAACAAGCCAUAACAGCAGCUGCCAUAUUCUGAUCUUAUACUAGAGGAGCAGGCACCUCCUCAGAAAUGACUAUGUAUAUCUCAAACAUGUAUAAAGUGCAGAGAGUUUCACUUAUUCACUGAUGUAUUCAGGCUGGAAUCUGCCUCCACAGCCAUUUGGCACUUUGAAUGCAUUCAUAAAUUUUAUUGAGAGAUGUCUCUAAUCAGUUUGUAUAUAUAUAUAUUUUUUUUGAGUGAAUUUAUUUGCGCUUGUGUGAGAGGGUGCCCAUUUCCCCAGUGUUUGUAUUCCUGUAAAUCUGUUUUCCUACAAGAUAGAAAUGCCAUUUAAUAAAUCCCAUCAGGAUUAUUUAGUUUUAACACAGUCAACCUUUUUUUUUUCUCUCAUUUUAAGAAAAUGGUCUUCUUCCUCAGUUUUAUCAGACAAAUGUGAGCUUCUAAUUGAGAUUGUGAUAUUUAUUGUCGAUGGCAUUUUCACCCUUCAUGAAAGGUGCUUUUUUUUCAGUUUUUUUUUUCCAUUUGUGUUCAAUGUUUUGUAACGAUGUCAAAGUAUGCUGUCAGCACAAAAAGAUGUACAAUUUAAAACAUUUUUGUAUGAGUUUAAAAAUCCUUAAAUUUCCUUUUAAAAGAAAGAGGAAAAAAUUAAAGAAUGUUUCUUAGUAAUUG